AUGAUUUGUUUAUUUUUAGCCGUUAAGCAAUUCUCUGAAGAAGUAUAGAGAAAUUUUAGAGCUGAAGGAUACUUAAAGUUCAAGAAUUAAGCCUCAAAAUUUUAAGGUAGUAUAGCUACUUCAGUAUUUUAGUAUGAAACGGUUUAAACUGAUAAUUAAGAAGCUUUAAAUAAAAUUCCUUAGUUCUUUGUAUAUAUUUUAUCUUUAUCAUCUAACCAACUUAAUGGUAUUUGGGUAAUGUCUUGGGGUCAAAAAAUAGAAGAAAGUAUAUUAGCAGUAAAGGAUAUAUUAGAAGUUGUUAUUAAAGACUAUUUUAUUCCAGCUUUAAUUUUAGAUUAAUUUUUUCUUAUUUAUGUUAAAUUUGAGCUCAAUAUCAAAUUAAAUACGAUUGGAAUACCCUAAAUCUUUUUAAUUUUGUCAAAAGUAAGAUAAAAAUAUUUAAAAGAAAAAUUUAAAUGUGAAAACCUUAAAUUUUACUAAUAAUGGAGAUUUCAAAAAAUAGAAGUUAUUUAGCAUAGUUUAGGUGUGUUCUUGCUUCAAUAAAUACUAUUUUAGAAAUUGAUUAAGCAUAAAGAUUGUUUUUUAUGGGAGCUGAACUAAAUGAUUUAAUAAGAUGUUUAAAUGUGAGUCCAUUGUAUUAAAUAAAAUUGAAUUAUUUUUUAGAUCAAGUAAAUCCUGAAUAUAUUCCUCAUAUUAAUGUAUUUAUUAAAAAGUGCCAUACAAUUCUUAUAAAUCCAAAUAGAAUCUAGUAAUGUACAAUAAAUGCAAGUCUGUGUAGAAAGAAAUAAUAGUCUAACAGCUUUUAUUUAUUCAUAUUUUUAGAUGAUACAACAAUACAAAGAUAGAUCCCUAGUAGUUUAAUAAAAAACCUUGAAAAUAAAUGAAAAUUUUCUAAAGUUAGAUAGGUAUAAUUUUGAUUAGUAUUAUUUUGAAGUUUCUGGUAAUCUUAAUUUAAAUAAUUGUUAAAAACUCUUUGAAAAGUUUGAUCAAUAAUAAGUUUCAAGUCAUCAAUUCUUAAUAAUGCAGAAAUUCAGACUUUUGGAUUUUCUUAGAAUUUAAAAGUGA